CUGGCAGCGGUUUUUGCCACCGCGGUGACGCCAGCCCCGAAAGAUCUUGCACGACCUCCAUCGUUAGCUCGUUGGCGUCGAUCCCAUGGUCUUUCAACAUGUCAUUUGCGAUUAUACCUCGUUGCUGUUGAUCUCACGUACACCAUGCGACGAGUUGCUCCGAUCGCAGCCGCUGCCGUGUUCGCUACCGCGGUCGACGCAGUUCACAUGUCGACGUCGAUUCUUGUGGGAGCCCGGGCGUCGGCCACUGGCGCGCCGCUGACUGCACAUUCGCUGGACUGCAGCGACUGCGACUUUCGCCUCGUCAAAGUGCCCGCUGCGCAAUACUCGGACAGCUCGGCCUCCGACUUGACUCGCGACGUGUUCUUGACGUCGUCGCAAUAUCCUCGCCAUGUCGGCUCUAGCCGGGGACCAGCGUACUCUGUCGCGACCCUUGAAAACGACAACUUCAACUGGACUGAAUCGACGCCGAUUGCUCACAUUCCUCAAAUACGCGAAACUUACGCGUACUUGGACGGCGUCGUUGGCAUCGCAAACGAGCUCCAGCUGUCGUUUGGUCACAGCAGCUGCGGCGCCAAGCUCGCCGCCCGCCCCCUGACGCAGGGAGGGAACGCCGCGUUUGACAUUGCCGAGCUCACGCGGGUCGCGCUGGAGCGCACGGCCACCGCGCGCGACGCCAUCACCCUCAUGGGAAAGCUCGCGGAAAAUUAUGGGUUUUACGGAUCGUCCUGGGGCGGCGACGACAUUUACUCGGGCGAAGCAUUGACCGUCGCCGACGCAGCCGAGGCGUGGAUUUUUCACAUUUUGCCCGACGAUUCAGGGGCGUCCGCCGUGUGGGCCGCACAGCGUGUACCCGACACGGACGUCGCGGUGGUGGCCAACCAGUUUGUCAUUCAUUACGUGAAUUCCACCGAUUCCGAGUGGUACAUGGCCUCUACCAACUUGUACGAUGUCGCCACUCGCAGCGGGCUCUGGGACGGCGCGGACGUCGACUCGUUCGACUUUGCCGUCGUUUAUGGGCAGCUCCCACCGUCUUCAGUGGGGUCCACCCGCCGCGUUUGGAGAGUCUUUUCGCUCGUGAAUCCAGCGUUGGAGCUGUCGUCCGAAGCGGACCCGUAUGCCAUCACGUACCCGUUUUCCGUCCCUGUGCAAGAUGAGUCGACGCUGGCGGCCAUGGACUUGAUCCGAUUCCAACGCGACCACUAUGAAAACACCCAGUUCGACUUGACCACAGGCGUGGCGGCUGGGCCGUACGGAAGCCCCGAUCGUUUUGCGGUUGACUCGGAGACGGCGCAGACAGGUCGCUUCGAAACGCCGAUUGCUGGUGGCCCGUCGACCACGUAUUCGUACGUGUCGGUGUCGGACCCGUACUCGGACUACAACGCGGUGCUGUGGUUUGCCCCCCAUGCCCCCACGUCGGCGUCGUACAUCCCCGUGUACGUCAAGGUGACGGACGUUCCUGCCGUCAUCGGCAUGGGAUCGUUGCGCCAGUUUGACAUCUCGUCGGCAUUCUGGCUCAACUCGGUUCUCAACAACUAUGUCGGUCGGUGGUAUCAAAAUGUAAACCCUGUCGUGGCGGACGCGCGUGCGCUCGCCGAGUACAACACCGACACUGCUCAAACGGCGGUCCAAGCGGCGGUCCAAGAAGUGAAGUCGAAUGUGGGCGACGCCGCCGUCAUUGAUUUUUUGACCAAGACCACGGAGGGAUACGCGAACGAUGCCCAGGCUGCGACGAUGGACUUGCUCUCGGACGUGAUCACCCGCUUCCACGAUGGAUUUCACGUGUCGGGCUUUGAAGACGAAGUUCUGACGGUGGAACCCAUCAGUUACCCCGCGUGGUACCUCGAGUCGGUGGGGUAUUUUACCACGUCCAGCGGUGACUCGACGGAUGGCGUCCAGACGGAGAACCCAACUGUGGACACGGAAGAGCCCACGACUAUGAUCCCUGCUGCCAUCACAAUCGUGAAAGCUGCUGGACCUCCUGUCACUGUUGGCGUCGCCAAGGUUUCGUCGACGAAUGUGACGACAGGAGCGAGUGCUGGCUGCCCCGACAUUGCACACGUCCAGAGCAGCGCUUGGGGCGCUGCGGUGAUCAUCGUGUUUGCGUCCAUGCUUGUGGCUACAUCCGCUCUUGGUUACUACUUCGGCAAGCGCCAAGCAUUGAUGCGCACCCGAGGUUAUGCUUAUAUUCAAUGAGACGGUUGACGGCAUGUGAAUGGCAUGCCACCAGGUAGUGGACGCGUAGAAGACGUUUAAAACUCAAUUCAAAUGCGUUUAAAAUACACUGCC